CAUUCCCAUUUCUUUAUCAUCAAGCAAAAGCAUCAUGUAGUUGGUUGCGUCUUUAAUCUUUCUGAAUUUGUGAAGAUGGAGUCAAAAGAAGAAAGGAAUAACUACUACAUGCAGAAAAUACUUACAGAUGUCGUUGAAAAGAAACUUGCUGAUUUAUUUAUCCAAGAAUGGGACAAACAUUACAAAAAUUCUCUUGGACAAUGGGAAAAUACAAACGUUAGUGGUCAAAGGUUGUUCAAUAUUGAAAAAACAAAAAAGAAACCUCAUGACAAACAUAUUCUGCAAACUUUUCAAGAUGGUGACACCAGUAAGUGGGAUUGUACAACACUGUUCGCAGCAAUACUGUUUUCCAACUCAGUUGGAACAAAUCUUGACCCAAAAGUUAGAGAUGCAGUAAAUGAAAUUCGUAAUGUAAGAAACAAAUUGACCCAUGUAAAUAAAGGUAAAGUAUCUGAUACCGAAUUUCACAAAAUGGUUGGUGAUAUUGAAAAGUCACUUAAGUAUCUAGCAUUUUCAUUCACUGAAAUUAAUGAAAUUAAAUGUCAACGAAACAAAUUUAAUUCAUUUCAAGUAAUUCCUUGCAAACCAAAUCACGAUGUGGUUAAACGUACAGAGUUACUUAAUCAAAUCACAGCAGAUCUCAAUAACUUGCGCAGUACUAACAAUAAUGAACUGACAUAUUACUAUAUUUCUGGUAAUCCUGGCAGUGGUAAAUCUCAAUUAGCCAGACAAAUUUGCGACAAAAUGUUUAACUCUGUUGACUGGGAAAAUAAAACUACAUUUGUGAUGACACUCGAAGGAAAAGAUGCUGACUCUCUCUUAAAAACUUAUAAUGAACUUUGUCAACGUUUGAACAUCAAUGAACAUUUUAUUGAAAAUAUUAUAAAAAAGAUAGAAAGCAGCGAAGACAGAAUCAAACAAUUUCAUUUCCUGCUGACACAAAAACUGAAAUCUUGGAAAAUAUGGUGGAUUGUUGUAGAUAACGUGGUUGAACUUGAUAAAAUUUAUCCAUUAUUACCUCAAGUUGGUGAUCAUAAUUGGAAGAAUGGACAAAUUAUAGUAACUGUUCAAAACACAGAUGCUAUACCACCAGAUGGAAAUCUAAACAAACACAUUUCAAUUAGUCAUGGUAUGAAUGAUAAAGAAUGUCGUCAGCUUCUAUCUGUCUAUACCGAUAUUCAUAAUCAUGAUGAAGAGUUUUUGAAGAAUUUGUCAGAAAAAUUAGAUCGUCAACCAUUGGUCCUGGCAAGUGCUGCUUACUACGUAGGUAGUGUAAAAAGUGCAAAUUUGGAAUUCACGUGGGAGCAAUAUUUCCAUAAGUUGAAUGAAGGAGAGCGACAAAGCAUGGAUGCCACAUUUCAAAAGAUCAAUAAAGCAUAUUCUGGAGGUAAAUCAACUUUAUUGAAAACUGUUGAGUUGGCAGUACAAAAAAGUGUCCAAGAAUCCAUAGUAAUGGAAAAAUUUUUUAGUCUUUUCUCGAUAAUAUCUUUCGAUCCGUUGCCACAAGAUAUUAUCAUACAAUUUAUUAAAAGCAUUGAUCCACAUAAGUCAGCAGAAGAUAUAUGCCUUCAAUUAAAGCAUUGUUCGUUAAUUCUUCAAUCGGAAAACAACGACAUCCGCCUGCAUCGCGUUGUACAUGAAGCCAUCAUAAAUUAUCAAUCUUGGCAGACUUCUUGCAGUAAACAAAAAGCAAAAAAUUCGACUAAGAUGUCUUUACUUGCGUAUCAAGUCGCUUGGGCACUCUAUCACUUUAAAGACAGAGAAGAUGAAAUUAAAAUAACUCCGCAUCUUACUAAAUUUAUAAACCAUUCGUCAUUUAAGCACUUUCAUAAUAAGUUGAUCAAGGAGAAAUCGUUAUUUUUUUUCUAUAGAAAACAAAUACUUGAUAAAAAAAAUUUGAAAAUUGCCAAUUACUUUGUAAAUGUAUUAGAAAAAUUUUGCAACUAUAAACAAGCCAUCAAUGUACUUAAGGAUAUAAUAACAAUUCAAACUAGAGCUUUAGGCGUCAAUCAUGUUGACGUUUCAUAUUCGUACAAUGAGCUGGGUCAGUUGUUUCGGAAGAAUGGAGAAUACGAAAGCAAAAGAUUUUCAUGAACGAGCGAUGAAAAUUCAAACAAAAGCAAUUGGACCUGACCAUG